GUCACGUGGGGCGUGUAGAUGUAAACAAAAAGGAAAAGAAGCUUUGGACUCGGUUUAACAGAGAGGCUUUUAAGUGCAUCAAGCUACAAAUAUACACGCUUUUCAAAAUAAUAAAACCUGGAACGCGAUUUAAGUGAGUUUUUAUUUUAACAAAUGACGACAGCAAUGGAUGUUCCGAUUAAUCUAAAGAUGAAUUUCAAAGGAAAGAAGGACAGUUUCCUUGUUUCAGAUUCCGAGAGAACAACCUGGAACUACGUGGAAGCCAUGGUGAAAAUUUGUUUUGGUUUGAACAGUGUGCAGGUGAAAUAUAUUGAUGAGGAAAAUGAGGAGGUUUCAAUUAACAGUCAAGAGGAAUAUGAAGAAGCACUAAAGAGUGCAGUUAAACAAGGGAAUCAACUCCGUAUGAAUGCAUAUGAGGUAAAGGGGCCUGUGGCAAGACAAGUGUGUGAGAGUGGGACAGUGAAAAGAGACUUUGAAGUGAUCAAGACUGGGAAGAAGCCAAUCCAGCACUACUCAUUGCUGGCAAAGGCUGUCGGCCAAAGAAUGACGCCUACCCAAGACAAGACAAUGAAAAAUGACGUCCAUUUGAACCAAGAUGAUCAACCGAAGCCUCCACUGUGGUUUACUGCUUAUAUGGAAACAUUCAAAGAUCAGGUAGUAAAGGAAGCUGUAGAGAAGAUCUGUCAUGAACUGUCAGAGAGGUUCAGCAUUCAGCCACUGCCACAGGGUUCCUCAAAUGAAUCCGCAGGGGUGGGAAUCCAAGUCCCAGAAAGCAGCUCCACAUCAGCCAACACCAGCAACUGGCUCAUAGUCUGUAGCAGCUGCCAGAACAGGAUUACAGGAAUUUGCUACCAAUGCAGUGUGUGCCCGUUCUACACUUUAUGUGAAUUGUGUGAGCCUUGUAACUAUGAACAUGAUCCUGCCCAUUCCUUAAUAAAGUUGAGGACUCUGUUCGGGACACCAACAUCAAACCAUCUGUCUGGAAACAAACUACCAGCUGCUGGAGACCAUGCAAGGUUGCAGAAACGGAUAGACAAGAGUUUUAGGAAAGCUGAAAAGCAAAGACUUAAAGCAGAAAAGAGACAGCUCAAGACUGAGGUUGAAGAGAUAAAGAAGCAACUGAAAAUGGAUCGAAGGGGUCUUCACUGGAACGAUUCGAAUGAUGCCGUUUCAGAUGCCACAGUACUCAAGCCAAGGGGAACCAAGUCAAGCACUAUAGUGUGUCCGAAGCUGGCCUGUAACUCCAUUGUUCCCACCAUGAGUGCUGUGUUUCUGGAUGAGAAUCUACCCGAUGGGACUCGCCUUCAGCCUGGUACUAAAUUUAUCAAGCACUGGACAAUGAAGAAUACUGGCAAUGUGAACUGGACAACUGAAACAAAGCUGAAAUUUAUGUGGGGUAAUCUGGCCCUGGCCUCCAGUGAAAAGAAGGAAGUCUCAGUGCCAUAUCUUCACCCCGGGCAGGUAGGGGUGGUGUCUGUGGAGUUUGUAGCCUCUCCCAUGGAAGGCACCUACACUUCGCAUUGGCGUCUAGCCCACAAGGGGGAACAGUUUGGGCCCAGAGUGUGGUGCAGCAUUGUGGUGGAUCCCCUGCCAGUCCCAGAGUGUCCUGAGGGGGGUGCAAACACUCUCUUCAGCUCUGCCAAUGUGGCCAGAUCUCCCAGCAACAAACAGGAGGAGACCGAAUUUUGUGUCAAUGCAGAGAAAGAAAUUGCUUCAGAAAAGGAGGAGAGGCAGUCUUCUUCAGCAGUGGCUCCUAUACAUUCAGUAACAAAGUUUGAAUCCUUGGACCGUGAGAGGGAGUAUUAUAUCCCUUCGGUGGAUCUGCUAACAGCUCAGGACCUGCUGUCGUUUGAACUACUGGAUAUCAACAUUGUGCAAGAGUUGGAGCGAGUACCACAUAACACACCUGUCGACAUGACCCCCUGCAUGUCCCCUCUGCACCAUGAAGGACCCCUUUUGGAGAAACCAGGACUGGGCCAGAUUGAGGAGGAGACUGAGGGAAUUGGAUUCAAGACACUUCUUGAUGUUACACUGGGGGAAAAAAAUAUGGAGAGCCCCCAUGGCCUGGAGGAGGGGGAAGAGGACAUCAGCGGGACCCAGUUUGUUUGUGAGACAGUAAUCCGCUCCCUUACAUUAGAAGAGGCUCCUGAUCACAAACCACAGAGAUGGAGCAGACCUGGAUCUCCAAAGAUCUCUUUGCAGGGACAGCAAGAAGUAUUUUUUUCAAGUGACAGAAACGGAGAUGAAACCAGUGGAAAAACAAGCUUGCCAUCUACAGAUUUGGAAAGAAAGAAACCUGACGAGCAGUCACAGCCAGAGGACAGUGUAGAAUCAGAUUUUGAAAGUUUCUCUGUGGAGCAGGUCCUUGAUAAGGAUGAUGAGGGGCAGAAGCAGCAGGACGAUGAAAAAGAUGAGGUCCAGAGUCAGGGCUCGUCCACAGAGGAUUACAUCAUCAUCCUGCCAGACUGCUUUGACACAAGCCGGCCCCUGGGGGAGUCAAUGUACAGCUCAGCUCUGUCUCAGCCUGAGAAGGAUGCUGGCAUAGAGACUGACUCAGAGCCAGAGGAGCUGGAGCCCAAGGGAGAAGAGCUGGCACCCAGGCACAGCAUCAAUGACAUGCUCUGCGCCUCCCAAACACUGGAUGCUGUGCCAUUGACCCCAGAGGUGGUGUCCUCCCCACCCCCUCAAACACAAAGAGAAGACAACCGUUCUCAGAAUCAAGUUCCAGAUGAGACAGAGCAUGCAGUAGGAGAAAUGCCUAUAAAUGAAGUUUAUCAACCACUUCAGAAUAGUAUUGAAGUGUCCAGGUCUGUGCAACAUCAGUCAGUGGAACCCUCUGGAGUUAUGAAUUUAAGACAAGAGUGUAAUCAAGAUAACAGGCACCAUGGAGGUAUAGCAGGGGGGCUGGUGAAAGGAGCACUGUCUGUAGCUGCCUCUGCCUACAAGGCUCUCUUCACUGGCCAGCCAGUACAACCACAGCAACCUGUAGACUCUGUGAAUCAGAACGCAACCAUGAUGGAUGUCUUGGUGGAGAUGGGGUUUAGUGACAGACAGCUAAACCAGCGACUGCUGAAGAAACACAACUGCAACAUGAUAGAUGUGGUGAAUGAACUGGUGCAGAUGAGCGACAAUGACUGGUAUUCGACUCGUUACUGAUUCCACGCAGCUGGAGGAUGGAGAGAACGCAACAGAGUGAACUCUGUUCACUUCCAGUUUCAUUUGGGACGAUUUUCUUGGUUGUGCAGACUUGUUGGGCACCCUGAAUCUGCUAGUGUUUUGAACACUUGAAGGGGAACAUCAUAAAUAGUUAUAACUUGCAUAAAAAUACCUAAAGUACAUUUGUAGCACACAGCACUCGUACUGUGAAGCCUCUGUAUAAACACUUGCAAAAAAAGGGUGUCCCUAGUAAAUGUCUGCAGUAAGAGGAAAUAGUAGUAUAUAAAGGAACAUGGACAGGCUUUACAAUGAUAUAUCUAAUAUAGAGUGCAGUAAAGAUUUGUAUUUUUGUAAUCGCUGUACUUUAUUUGUAGGCUGUUUUAUUUCUGUAUUAAUCCACUACAAAGGGAAAAUAUUCCACCCUCAUGUUACCCUUGUUUUGCCCUAGUAAGUUCAAUAGCCAUUGAACUUCACUUUGAUGCAUUCUGCAUUUUCAGUUCUAGCAAAAUACAGAGCUGAGUGGUUUUCUUUUUUUUAACACAAUUCUCCUGAAUCUUAGAAUUCAGUAGUUUUUACCAUCCAGCCUAUUACUAAAAGCCAGUCCUGAUUCUAAGGGUAGCUAAUAUUACAUGCAAAUCUUAUAUAUUGGAUGUGCUGAUACUUUGUUUCAAAAGUAUGCUUAAUAUAGUAAUUGAAACCUGCGACUUUUGACAUUUGCUUACAGCUAAAUAUCAGAUUUAAAUAUAUACUGGACCGCCCAAGGGCGUAAUGAGGCCCGACGGCGCAGCCCCUGGAAGGUCCAGUAUUUCCCAAUACUUCCCAUCCCGAAAGGGUCUUAUUGCAUUUAGUAAAUAGGCAACUGUUAGGAAAAAAAAGGCAGAAACACGUUUUGUAGUUUAAAACUUGACUAGAGAAAUUUUAUUUAUUUUUAAUCCUGAUGAAUAGGGGACAAGGAUAUCUGUCCAGGUGAAAAGGCAUUUAUGCUGGUACUUUUUAUUUCCUGGUCGUCUGUUGAAAGUGAAUGUACCCCUCUGCCAAGUGUGAGCCAGUAUGAUGCCAGGAAAUAAAAAGCCAAUUUUCUAAUGGUAGAAUGUUCAUCCCAAAAGGUUCCAAAGUGCUGAGUUUGAAAAUCAGCUUGUGGUUUUUUCUGAUUUCUGGUUGCAUGUGUUCCAUAGCAUUUGUAAAUUCCAGUGACAUCAUCAAUAGAUCAGUAUUAAAAUGUAUAGCUACAAAGCGUCUUUUUUCCAUCCAGCUGAAAAAGGACUUGUAGUUAAAAGUCCUGAUAUAAUUGAUAUUUUAAAAUGUAAUUAUUCACAUUUUUGUGAACCUACCAUUUACCCUUUCUUUCGAUUUGAUUUUGCUCCUUGUGGUACACCAGUUUUACUUAAAAAAAUAAAAUAAAAAGAAACAAAUUAUCUUACAUUUAUGCUGGUGCAGCAAGUGAGAAUAAAUAUUUGUAUAGACAACAUACAAUUGAUCUUAUUGAAAAGCAUUAGGCUACAACCAACAUUUCAUACAGCAACACUGUUCAAUCCCAGUGAUUAAAUACAGUACUUUGCAGUCCCCCAUUAGCUUUCCUUUAAGUCUGUAUACUUUUAUUUUCCAAGCAUUAACAGAGCUAGUUGUGUAAUGUAUAACCUCCUACUGCUACAAGUAUAGCACGGUUAUACCAAUUGAACUAAAAAGUUAAAAAAACAAACAAAAAAAAACGAUUUCUAGCUCACUUAAAAACCCAGUUUUACAGAGAUGUCUCUUUCUCUUGCUAUUGAAAUUCAACACAGGAAUAGUAAUGAAAAAGUGUGUAAAGAUUUCUUUUUAGGGGCUCAGUUGGAUUGGCUCCAAAUUUAGCAUGAAAAGUAUGAUUGGAAAUUAUAUGAAAUGUAUUACAAUAAACUUGAUGUGAUGAAGAAUAGGCAUCACUGACCAGAAACUA